UGCCGCCGCCCCGCCAUGGAGGCCGGGCAGGGCCCCGGCGGCGGGGAGGUGGGCGAGCCCCACGAGAAUGUGGCACCUAAGCCUUAUGUGCCAACAGAGGAGGAACGAAGGCUCCUCAAGGAGUGCGCUGAUGAGAGCGCCCGGUAUAGAGCUUUUCCUUUGGCUGCAGCGAGCAUGCUUGCUACUACUUUCUUAAUCAGAAAAGGUAUUCUAAGAGAGACCUCAAGAUUUGGCUCUUUUACUAAAGUUGCAUUUGCUGGAACAUGUGGAUACCUGGCUGGAAAGAUAUCCUACUUGCCAAUCUGUAGUGAGAAAUUUAAGAAACUGAAGGACUCCCCAAUAGGAGAUGUUCUACGACAAGCUCAGAGACAUAGUUCGCAUUCCCGUUCCAGCCGGAAAUCUGAAUUUUCAGAUACGCCUUCUCAGUCUUUUACUGAACCUCCUUCUUCACGAGCUGGAUUCCCACUUUCUUCUACAUAUUCAGAUGAUUAUAGUUCAACAGACAGAGGCCUCUCUAGCUACGAACCUGUUCCAUUCAGUGCUUCCCUGAAUGAAUCUUCGCCUACAGGAAUCACUGAUUAUGCUGUGCAAGAACCUGCUCCAAUUCCAGAAGAAAAUCGUAAAAAAAAAACUGUCACAUAUGAAGAAUUAAGGAAUAAACACCGAGAAACGUACGAAGUAAUGGUACCACCAAAGGCAGAAACUCCAAUCAAGUUGCCACAGGAAAAACCAGCUAAGGAAGUUAAAGUAAAUAAAUAUGGAGAUACCUGGGAUGAGUAAGAACCGAAUGAAGAACUGAAGAAAAUUAUCUCCUGUCAGCCAACUUGAACUUCAUCGACAUCAGUCACGAAUACUGGUGCCUUUGAUGUGUUCCGCCAGGCACAGUUAUUAAUAAAUGAGAAAAUCUUGACUUGCCGGAAUAUUUUUUUUUAAUGCAUUUAAGCUGAAGAAUCUUUUUUCUUUUGCAUAAAUGACAAGCCAGGGUAUUGUGAGGUGUCAUGAUUGUAAACCAUUAGUGCUACUGUUUAAGAAUGAAAAAGCUAACUAGCAAUAACUAAUGUAAAUGUACAAGAAGGGAUGAAAUGCGUGUAAAUAAAAGGAAUUAUAUGUAUUGGGAAGGAAAAAAAUAACAAUCUUCUGAAACUUUGAAGAUUUGCAUUAAAAGUUACCUGUAGAAAUAA